CAAUAUUCGCUAGAACACCGGCUGCCAGUUUAUCCCAUCGCUGAUUGUCAUUGUUAUCAAAACAAGUAGUUUUUAAAGCGUCAGAAGAGUUGACAACAAACAGGCUCGCAGUGUCUGCCCAGCACUCCCUCCUGAAAUGUCCCAAACUUAGGAAAGGAAAGGUUUUGACCUCCCUGAUAUCGAGCUGGGAAGCUUCCCUAAUAAGGACAUUUGAUUCCUCAGCGUCACCCUCGGGGCUGAAGAUGGACAAGGACCAUGUCCACUGUGUGUCCUGUGUAACCCAGAGAUGCACGGUCAGACCUGAACCAGGCGUUUGUUGUGAUCUCAUCUCCUGUCCUCAGGUGUGUGGCGCUGCAUUUCACUCCUGCAAAGCUACUGAACACCACCUUUUGUGCCCGCUGGUGAGGGUGCAGUGCCUGAACAGCAACUAUGGCUGCCCGGCCACCCUGCUGCGCAAUCAAAUGUACGCACACCUCGAAGUGUGUCCUGCUGGAGUGGUGUGCUGCACCAUGGAGUGGAACAGGUGGCCCGUGAGCUGCCUGGACUAUACGUCCUAUGAGAGCCUGAGCCGAGGGGUGGAGGAGGCAGAGCAGCUGGACAUGGCGCUCGCCCUUCAGGACCAGCGUACGCUACUUGAGUCCCUCAAGGUGAUUGCCAUGACACCAACUACUGAGAGAGAGCUGCUUGUUCCUGCUGGUAAAGACGCCAGGACAAAAGAUUCAGCUUUGCUUGUUUCUGCUCCUGAGGCCUCCACUCUUACUGAGUCACCUACUUCGUCAUCGUCAUCAUGUCAGCCACAAGCUCCCCCAGCGGGCUCGGCAAAGGAGAAGAUAGCCAGUGGAAUUAACGGCUUGAACGAGGAGCACUUUGGUAAACUUUAUGAGGCCACAGUUGAGACAGCAAGAAGUUUAUGUGCUGCUUUGGACUUUGUUAGCAGUGCAAAAUCUAUUGACAACAGUAUCGACAAAGGAGCUGCUCUGCAGGAAAGUAGCAAUGGAGACAUUCAGAGCGGACUGCAAGAUAAAACAGAAGCUGCUGAAGGAUUGGACAAAAAAGAAACAGGGGAGCAAAGUGUUUGUUCCAGCUGUUUGAAGGAAAAUGGGGCUCUUAAAGAGCCAGAUCGAAAGAUUUUAAACGCCACAAAUGGACCGCUGUCAGGUGAAGCAGAUGCCUCUAAAGCAGGAGUUGCUGUGGUCACCCCUACACUGGAACAGGGCAUCCCCAGUGUGUUCCUAGUUCUUUUCGGAAACCACGGGCCAGAGCGAAAGUUCCAUGACUACCAGUUUUUUAGGAGCCAGGGCAAAUGUUUUUUACCCAAUGGAAGGAUAGGUUUUGUUCCAGACCGGUCUCUUUAUAGACUGAGACCCAAAAUGGAAGACAAAUCAGUGGAUACCUCCGACCUGGAGCAGGAGGAGGAUCCCAUGGGUCUUGGGGAGAUAGAUCUGAUCACAGCUGCUCUGCUCUUCUGUUUGGAGGAGUCGAGAGAGUGUAGAAGGAUCUCUGAUACGGUCUACGUCGAUGGCUUUCGCGUUGACUUCGGGACACAGACUUUCACUUUCCCUGCAGCAAUCUUGGUAACAAACACAAGAGUGGGUGACAUGGCCUCUGCCUCUGCCUGUGACCAUGCUGCCCCCCAGCUCCCUUACCCCAGCCCCUUCUGCACUUUGCGCCUGGGCCUUGUACUCGAAGCUCUGGAGGUGGAGGCGGUCCCACACAACCGCUACCUCCCUCCCAACCCGCGCUACCAGCACAUGUUCCCCUUCGUCUGUGCCCAGUCAUUCCGCCGGGACCAGUUCUCAUCCCAUUUCACAAACGUCCACGGUGACAUUCACGCCGGCCUCAACGGCUGGAUGGAGCACCGCUGUCCCCUGGCUUAUUACGGCUGCACAUUUUCCCAGCGGAGGUUUUAUCCAUCCACCCGGGGGGGCAAAGUGAUUCAUGACAAGAGCCUCAGGGCCUUCGGGGUUCAGCCUUGCCCAAGGGGCAAACUUCCAGGUGACUCCAAGUCUGACCAAAUAAGUGGGCUUCCCAUUGAGAUUCUGUGGCACAUAGCAGGGUUUCUGGACAGUUUCAGCCUCUGUCAGCUGGCACUGGUGUCACGGACUAUGAGGGAGGUGUGUGCCAGUCUACUGCAGAGCAGGGGCAUUGUGGAGCUGCAGUGGGAGCGGAAACAAAGCCCUGGUGCUCCUGGCACCGUGUCAUGGCAGGUCAAGAACAAAGUGUGGAGAUUCACCACCGCCUUCAGCCCUGUGUCAUCGUGGGGUUUCACCGACCUCCCCAGCAUGUCGGACCACCUCAAAAAGUGCCCCUUCAACACAGUGGAGCACAAGACGGAGCCCAUACCUCUUCCCGCCAUGUGCACCGCACGAGAUGGACACUCCCUGCGCCGCGUUCUGCGUCACGUUAACCACUGACCAAAAAACACGGCAUGAACUCACGCAUCUGCACCAGAAUCACUCCGGUAUUACGUGGAUGAUGCAAUUUUCUCUGUCUUGCUAAACGAGUUACUCUUCCUGUGUCACACUAGAUUUUGAAAGCCUUAAUGAAAUAACACCUUAUCUACCUGCCAAAAUGAAGCUCUGUCGUUCCUAUGUGGAGAAAAAAAAAACAGAUAUAGAUUUGCAUGGGUUUGUGCUGAAUUUACUUCCUUAUUCUGAUAAGACAAAUGUAUUUUUUGAAGACGAAUAUGCACAUUAGAUGUAUAUUAUUCUGAAUGAUUCUCAGAGAAAAUGGAGUCUCACUGUUUUCUUGCCUUUCUGUGGUAGCCAUGGGAAAAGCAGGUCGUUGGUUAUUUAGCAUUUUUUCUGUGUCACAGAUUUUAUGCCAGCACUUUACUCAAGAUUUGCUUAUCCCUUUUAAUGUUACUAAGGGACACUAAAUGAUCUUAUCUCUCUGAUCACUUUAAAGUUUCACCCCUAUGCAUAUGUGGUUUGAAGGAUGUCAGUAAAAGACUCACAGUAGUUGGAUAUUAAUGCAAAGAAAGCCCCAAAUUGCACUACAGUUUGCUACGAUUUAAUAAAGUCUCUACCGCCUUUUAUGUAUUUAUUUGUCUUUUAAGCUCUUUUUCAGUUUAGUAUAAAUGUAAUUGCUGUUUUAUCAAAGCAGGUCUGGAUUAAAGGAAGAUAUCUUACAUUUC